AUGGCCCAGUCAAAAACCGACCCCUUCCAAACCCCCCUCGUCACAACUUCCAAUCCUCCAAACACCAGAGCACAUGCCGCCCACUCACAGCUGUCAAUAACGCCCUUCCCCCCAAACGACCCCACAAUCGCCUUCAUCCGCACCGCACCCCAAACCAGCAACAGCACCGCCGCAGCCAGACAGGCGAUUCUAUCGCAAGACCACGCACAUCACGCAUUCCAGAAUCUCAAAACCACCUUGGCCGCUGCAGGCGCGACACCGCGCGACAUCACCAAGCUCACGGUGUAUUUGCAGACCGGGGCGCACAUCACGGCAGAGCAGUUGGAUCAGAUUAUUGCAGGGUUCUGUAGUGAUGUGGAGGGGAACAGGCACAAACCGCCCGUUACGGUGCUUUACGUGGAGAAGGUGAUGGCAGAAGGGUUUGCGAAGGUCGCUGUUGAGGCGGAGGCGAUUGUCAGCUUGAAGCCGCCGAGUUAUGAGUCGUUGGCGUGA